CGGCAGAGAGAGAGGCAGUUAUGCCAGAGAGAGAGGCAGUUACGGCAGAGAGAGAGGCAGUUACGGCAGAGAGAGAUGCAGUUAUUACGGCAGAGAGUGAGGCAGUUACGGCAGAGAGAGAGGAAAUUGAGGCAGAGAGAGCAGAGAGAGGGGCAGGUACGGCAGAGAGAGGGGCAGGUACGGCAGAGAGAGGGGCAGGUA